AAAAAUAAUUUGAGUAGUGCAUUAGUGUUGAACUUAACGGAAUCUUGUCAAAUUGGUAAAAAAAAUUCUAGGUUCCAUCAACGAGGAUACGAGAAUGUUAUGUUUUUCAAUAUGUCAAAGAUUAAAAUUCAUUUACGUGGUCUCUCUUCUACUACCCAUAAUGAACUCAUCACACUUGACAGCAGUAACAAUUGAGUCAUCUACGGAGAAUACAGCUGACGGCACAAGUAUAUCCACUUCCGUUAUAAAUCGAAGCAAUAAAAUAAUAAGAAAUCCAACCAUUCCGAAACCUACAAUCAGAGUUGAUAAUCAUAGCAACAGAGACGGCGAAAAAAAUGGAGACCGUUCGAAGCAGUUACUUGUGGCAUUGUCAUCCAAGUCAUACAUUAGUAAGCCAAAUGCAACAGCUCCCACACCGGUUAAACUUACAAAGCGUGCUGGCUCCGCUGCGGAGAUAAAACAUAAAAAAAUAACCAAAGAGAAUUUAAAUCGAACGGGAGAUAUUGCAACACGAGGAAAGCUCCGUCAAGAAGUAGACCACAUUCCAGACUCAUCAGGACAUAUUCCUUAUCGGAUAAAUCGCCCACAUCUAGGACUGCCAGGAUACGAAUCCGCUGGAGUGAGCUCGAGUUCAAAUGAUGGCGGAGACGACUACCAUAAUUUGUCCUAUGAGUCAGAUAAGUGGCCAAGUGAUUACUGGGAACGUGACUACAACAAGAAUUUCAUUUAUAACAAUACUCGAGUACACCACAUUGAAGCGGAGUGUCAGGAUGAUUAUAUGAAAAUUCGUAUUGGAUUCAAUGCUACCUUUAAUGGAUUAAUAUAUUCAGCUGGUUAUGCAUAUGAUCCCGACUGCAUGUAUAUAAAUGGUUCAGGUCGGGAUUAUUACGAAUUUUUCAUUCAGUUGAAUCGCUGUGGAACUUUAGGAAAAAAUGCGCUUCAUGAAGAAAAAAGGAAAAAUCCAACUAACUUUAUGUGGAAUACUGUGACAGUACAAUACAAUCCGCUCAUAGAAGAAGAAUAUGAUGAACACUUUAAAGUCACCUGCGAAUAUGGCUACGACUUUUGGAAAACAGUAACCUUUCCAUUCUUAGACGUCGAAGUAGCGACCGGCAACCCCGUUGUAUUUACUUUAAGUCCACCAGAGUGUUAUAUGGAAAUACAAAAUGGAUACGGGAUUGGAGGACCACGUGUCACUGGACCUGUGCGAGUUGGCGACCCACUCACAUUGAUAAUUUACAUGCGCAGCAAAUACGAUGGUUUCGAUAUUGUUGUAAACGAUUGUUAUGCACAUAACGGUGCUAACAAAAAGAUUCAGCUUAUUGAUGAAUACGGUUGCCCUGUGGAUGAUAAGCUAAUUUCCAGAUUUCGAGGCUCUUGGUCUGAUUCGGGAAUUUUCGAAACACAAGUUUAUGCAUAUAUGAAAACUUUUCGCUUUACAGGCUCGCCAGCAUUAUAUAUAGAAUGUGAUGUACGAAUGUGUCACGGCCGAUGUCCGAGUCAGCCAUGUCACUGGCGCAACUCGAAAACUGUAUCUAAACGAGAUAUAUCAAAUUCAACAACACCCAAUUUACAAUCUGCAUUAGACUCAACUGCGUCUGAAGUAGAGAAAACAAAUUCAUCACAAAAUUCURGAAAUAGCUUAGACUUAAUGGCUAUAUCGAAUUCAGAUAAACARCCUGCUUCGUUAUCGGAAAAUUUGAAUCUGUUUCAAUCGUUGCGUGUACUCCAGGAGGGUGAGUCCGAUGGGAAUGGGUUUUACCCACAUUCUCGUCGGUUGGAGCCUCAAGGAAAUCAAACAUGUAUAAAAACGACUACAUUAUCAGCAUUAACAAUAAUUCUCUCUGUARCUAUGUUUGUACUCUCGGGCACUCUGGUAGUAACUUGCUCUCGGCUAAAGAGACGCAGCAAAGAUUCAUCUUUGUAUGAAACAUACAUUACUCACAAAGGGCAAAUUGAUUAAUGACUACUUAAUUCACUUAACUAAUGCUAAGCAAAUAUGUAAAUAUGAUUUUUCCUUUAACUUGAUCAUGUCUAAUUAAAGGUAAUAUAAUAUAGA